AUGUCAGCCGUAAACUUUGAACUGGAUAAUCUUUCUCCCAAAGGCUUCAGACAUGAGCAGACUUCCAGCUCUGAUUUUACUUCAACCUGUUUAACUGAACUCUCUGGUGAUUCCAGUGGAAUGGAUUUUCAACACUCCACUUCUGUCCCCACAGGCCUGCAAAAGUUGUGUUCUCCUUAUUGUUAGCUUGGGAAAAGUGUGUGGGUACUUGAAGAUAAAUAUAAUGAAGGUAUGAAUGUAAGCAAAAGUGAGAUAACAAAAGAAACUUCAUUGAAACCAUCUAGGAGAUCCCUGCCUUGCCUUGCCCACAGCUAUGCUCAUUCAAAGAGCUUGAGCCAGUCCACCUCGCUCUUCCAGUCAACCGAGAGUGAAUCUCAGGCUCCAACCUCUGUAACUUUAAUCUCUGCUGACAAAGCAGAGCAAGUUAACCCCAAAGAGAAUGAAAAAGACUCCGUGCUCAAAUGCUCCUUUGCUGACCUCAGCGAUUUUUGCUUGGCCCUAGGAAAAGAGAAGGAUUACAUGGAUGAAUCAGAACAUGCUAACUAUGAUCGAUCGCGUCUCAUUAAUGACUUUGUUAUCAAAGAUAAACCUGAAUCCAAAGCAAAGUUAUCUAAGAAUGACAUGAAUUACAUAGCCUCUAGUGGACUUCUAUUUAAAGAUGGCAAAAAGCGAAUUGACUACAUCCUGGUUUAUAGAAAGACGAAUAUACAAUAUGGCAAAAGAAACACAUUUGAAAAGAACCUCAGAGCAGAAGGCUUGAUGUUGGAGAAGGAGCCAGCUGUUGCAAACCCUGAUAUAAUGUUCAUUAAAAUCCAUAUCCCAUGGGAUACGCUGUGCAAGUACGCAGAGAGACUGAGUAUCAGGAUGCCCUUCAGGAAAAAAUGCUAUUAUACAGACCGGAGGAGUAAAUCAAAGGGCAGGUUGCAAAAUUAUUUUAAAAGAAUAAAAAAGUGGAUGUCCCAAAAUCCAAUGGUUCUUGACAAGUCAGCUUUUCCAGACCUUGAGGAGUCAGACUGCUACACUGGCCCCUUUAGCAGAGCACGGAUUCACCAAUGUACRGGCUAUGGAGGUAUCCGCAAACUUAUAAACAAUGGCUCAUAUAUAGCAGCAUUUCCCCCACACGAGGGAGCUUAUAAGAGUAGCCUACCCAUCAAAACCCAUGGACCUCAGAAUAGAAGACAUCUGUUAUAUGAGCGCUGGGCACGCUGGGGAAUGUGGUACAAGCACCAGCCUCUGGACUUAAUCAGGCUGUACUUUGGUGAGAAGAUUGGGCUGUACUUUGCUUGGCUGGGGUGGUACACUGGCAUGCUGAUUCCUGCAGCAGUGGUUGGCUUGUGUGUGUUCUUCUAUGGAUUGGUUACAAUGAAUGAAAGUCAAGUAAGCCAGGAGAUUUGUAAAGCCACCGAAGUCUUCAUGUGCCCUCUGUGUGAUAAGAACUGUUCCUUGCAGAGACUCAAYGAAAGCUGCAUCUAUGCCAAGGUGACAUAUUUGUUUGAUAAUGGAGGGACAGUCUUCUUUGCUAUAUUUAUGGCAAUAUGGGCCACAGUCUUCCUGGAAUUUUGGAAAAGGAGAAGAAGUGUAUUGACCUAUGCUUGGGACCUUAUUGAAUGGGAAGAAGAAGAGGAAACACUUCGCCCCCAGUUUGAAGCCAAGUAUUACAAGAUGGAARUAAUAAAUCCCAUCACAGGAAAACCUGAGCCACAUCAGCCUUCAUCAGACAAAAUCACUCGUCUUCUCGUGUCUGUCUCAGGGAUAUUCUUCAUGAUUUCUCUGGUGAUCACUGCUGUGUUUGCUGUUGUGGUGUACCGCCUGGUGGUCAUGGAACGGUUCGCAUCAUUCAAGUGGAAUUUCAUCAAACAACACUGGCAGUUUGCGACAUCUGCUGCUGCUGUCUGUAUCAAUUUCAUAAUCAUCAUGUUGCUGAAUCUUGCUUAUGAAAAAGUUGCUUACCUCCUCACUAAUUUAGAAUAUCCACGAACAGAAUCUGAAUGGGAAAACAGCUUUGCCCUGAAGAUGUUCCUUUUCCAAUUUGUCAAUUUAAACAGUUCUAUUUUCUAUAUCGCUUUCUUUUUGGGAAGAUUUGUAGGCCAUCCAGGAAAAUACAAUAAACUUUUUGACCGGUGGAGAUUAGAAGAAUGUCAUCCUAGUGGCUGUUUGAUAGACCUCUGCCUCCAGAUGGGUGUUAUCAUGUUUUUGAAGCAAAUAUGGAACAACUUCAUGGAGUUGGGAUACCCGCUGAUCCAGAACUGGUGGUCACGACAUAAAAUCAAGCGGGGAAUACAGGAUGCCUCUAUACCUCAGUGGGAAAAUGACUGGAAUCUGCAGCCCAUGAACAUCCAUGGCCUGAUGGAUGAAUACUUAGAAAUGGUUUUGCAAUUUGGCUUUACCACCAUCUUUGUAGCAGCUUUUCCUCUGGCCCCGCUUUUGGCUUUGUUAAACAAUAUCAUUGAAAUCAGGCUUGAUGCAUACAAAUUCGUCACCCAGUGGAGGAGGCCUCUCCCAGCCCGAGCAACUGACAUAGGUAUCUGGCUUGGAAUUCUUGAAGGAAUUGGCAUAUUGGCUGUGAUCACCAAUGCAUUUGUAAUUGCUAUUACAUCUGACUACAUCCCACGUUUUGUCUAUGAAUACAAAUAUGGCCCCUGUGCAAAUCAUGUAGAACAGAAUGAAAAUUGCUUAAAAGGAUAUGUCAACAAUAGCCUAUCCUUCUUUGACUUGAGUGAGCUUGGUCUAGGAAAAUCUGGUUACUGCAGGUACCGAGACUAUCGAGGGCCCCCUUGGAGCUCCAAACCCUAUGAAUUCACCUUACAAUACUGGCACAUCCUUGCUGCUCGAUUGGCCUUCAUUAUCGUGUUUGAGCACCUCGUUUUUGGAAUUAAGUCAUUCAUCGCAUACCUGAUUCCAGAUGUACCAAAGGGCCUACAUGAAAGAAUACGACGAGAGAAGUACUUAGUCCAGGAAAUGAUGUAUGAGGCUGAACUAGAACAUUUACAACAACAACGGAGACAGAGUGGUCAGCCUGUUCACCAUGAGUGGCCUUAGUUGAUACC